AUGUAUGGAUUUUUUUUUAAUAAAAAUGAAGAUAACAAAUUGACAAACAAUAAGAGUUCAUUUGAGAAUAGUGAUAAUAAUAUAAAUAAAAAUGAUGUAAACAAUGAUAAUAUAAAUAAUGAUAAUAUAAAUAAUAAUGAUAUAAAUAAUGAUAAUAUAAAUAAUAAUGAUAUAAAUAAUAAUGAUAUAAAUAAUGACAAUAAUAAUCAUCAUGAUAAAUAUGAUGAAUCGAAUGAUAACUACAUUAAAAACACAGAAGAUGAAAUAAGUAUACAGCUACUAAAUAAUAAUGACAAUAUAAAAAAUGGAAAUCAUAAAUUAAAUCUAUCUGUAGAUGAGGAAAAAGAAAAAAGUAAUAUAAACAUAAAAAAUAUAAAUACCAAUCAGUCAUUUAUUUCUAAUAUGGAUAAUAUGAAUGAUAAACUUAUAUUGAAUAGUCAUGAUAAUAUAAUAGAAAAAAAAAACGUCUUAAAUGAAGAUGCCGAAAAUAUUAUCUACAAUGAUGAAUAUGAUAUACAUAUAAAUAAUAAUUCAAAUAACAUAUAUAACAAUUUAUCAAUUAAAAAUUAUGUUAAUUUUAUUGAUAAGGAUGAAGAAAAAAAAAAAAAAAAAGAUAUGUCAUCCAAUAAUAUAAAUGAAAGUAAUUCAAAAAAUUAUAUAGAAAAAAAUCUUAAUAAGUUAAAUAAUAAUAUAUCUGUAAAUAAAGAUAAAGAAAAAAAUAACAAGGAUAAAAGAAGUGAUAAUAUUAAUAUUGAUAUAUUUUAUACAAGUGAUAAAUCUAUAGACAUAAGUGAUGAAAAUAGUUCAUUGGAUACUAUGGAAGAACUAUGUGAAAAUAUUGAAGACUCAGAUGUUUCUAUAAAUUUUUAUAAAAAUAUGUUAAGUUCAAAAAAUAAUAUUAAUGAUAAUAUAAAUAAUGAAACGUCUAUUAUAAAUAAUAAUAAUCCAACUGAAGAAAUUAAUAUUCUUAAUAAUUAUAUUAAAAAUAUUACAGAUGGAUAUCAAAACAAUUCUAAUUCUUCCAUUGAUGUGGAUAAUAAAUUAUUGAAUAUAUUAUCUUUGUCUUUUCUAACUUUUGUUGAUAAUGUUAUUUAUGAUUCACAUAUAUAUGCACAAUCGAAUACAUAUCUUGAUACAACAAAAAUGAAAUUAAAAAAAAAACAUGAAAGGAAUAAAACAAAUCAAUCAAGUACUCAAUCCAAUCCAAUUACACAAGAUGGAAAUAAUAAAAAUAAUGAUAUCAUCAAACAAAAUGUAAAAACAAUUAAUAACAUGAAAGUGGAUAUGUCAAAAAAUGAUAUUCAUAAAAAUAAUACACAGGGUCAAAAUAAUAAUAAUAAUAAUAAUAAUAAUGUUGAUAAUAAUAAUGUUGAUAAUAAUAAUGAUGAUAAUAAUAAUGUUGAUAAUAAUAAUGUUGAUAAUAAUAAUGAUGAUAAUAAUAAUGAUGAUGAAAAUAAAUUAUCUCAACAUUUUCAUGAUAUAAAAGAAAAAUCUCCUGAUAUUACAUUCAACCCUGAUGUAAUUAAUAUGUGCUUAAAUAAUUUGUAUAAUGAACAGCUUGUAAACAAACUAAUUCAUAAAAGAAAAAAGAAAAAGAAAGGUAAAAAUAAAGGUAAAGAUAAAGAUAAAGAAAAAACUGAAGAGAGCCAAAUGAAUGAUAAAAAAUAUAAUCAUAACAACAAUAAUUACAAUAAUAAUAAUAGUAAUUAUAUUAGUUCUAAUGACGAGGAUGAGGAAUUACGCCUCUUAUCUUAUAACUCCCUCUUCAAUAAAAAAACAAAUAAAGACCAUACCUAUCAACAAAACGAUUCAACAAUUAAAAAUAUCAAAGUAACGAAUAAUAUAAAUGACAAUAAUUCUAUAGAUGAAAAUAAUAAAUCAUUACAAGAUAAUAUAUAUAAUAAAUUAAAUAAGAGAAAAAUUAUGAUCAAUCAAAUUAAUGACGAAAUUAAAAAGAAAAAUAAUAAUUAUAUAAAUACAUUUACAAACAAGAAACAAUAUUCUUUGGAAGAUAUAUUUGAAAUAUAA